GGGCAAUCGUUUGAACUACCUCCACACGUCCAUGCCAGGGUCCUUCUCAGCAACACCCUAUCCAAGAUGGCAGCCAACAGCAGCAGCACGGGUAGCAAGGCGACCAGCGGCACUGGAGGAAAACCUGGCCCUUCGGCCGAACAGGUGGUGGCCACAUUUCAGAAGAUGCGUCAAGAACAACGUAAUAUGGCUUCAAAAGCAGCUGAGCUGGAGAUGGAUAUCAAUGAGCACAGCUUAGUAAUUGAUACACUGAAGGAGGUGGAUCAUUCGAGGAAAUGUUUUCGUCUAGUAGGAGGAGUGUUAGUGGAAAGGACAGUCAAAGAAGUUCUACCAGCUUUGGAAAACAAUAAAGAACAGAUCACCAAAAUAGUUGAGUCCCUCAACACACAGAUGCAAACAAAAGGCCGGGAACUUACAGAGUACAGGGAACGCUACAACAUCCGCCUGGUGGGUGAGGGUGAAGGACAAGGAGCAGGCCAGUCAGCAGCACCGUCUUCCAGGGACAGUGACGGAGGCGGGUCAAAGAGCGGCACUGGUGUUUUAGUGUCUUAGUUUAUCUUAAUGUGGUGCGACAGUAGGGCCUUACAAUAUCUGCAGUACUGAAAACACAGCAGGCAUGAGAAAAUUCAGUUUCAAAAACAGCACUGAGACAGGAUUAGAUUUUUGUUAACAUAUAAAGUUCCACAAAACAAGGAGCACUUGGUGUUGAUGUCAUUUUCCUAUAGACUCCUUCAGUAUAUGUUCAAAAUCAAUGCUUGUGUUUUAAGUUUUUUUUUGUCAAACAUUGGUCAUCGAGUUACAUAGAAAUACUGUGACCAGGAUUCAGUAAUAAAAAAGUCAGUCAAGAAGUCAUGUUUCUCAUCAUCUUUCACUUUUAAGUAAUGGGGAUUCAGCAUUUUAUAAACUUCAGAUUAUGAUUUACGUACAGGAAGUCACUUUUGCUAAAAACAAUUUGUCAUUGUGACAGCACUUGUGGGCAUGAACAAAAAGGUAUAUUUCAGUUGUGUAACUAUACUGUAGAUAAGUGGAUGACUUUUUAAACAGGACUUGGAAAACACUGUUGGAUGAUUUGAAAAGCUGCUGGUUAGUAGGCAGUGUUUACUGAGGUGCUCACUGUUGUAACCGUUUAUGCCCACAACUUUAAAACCAAUGACCAGUCGUUAAACACGUUUUUAUAUUGUUUUUGGUCAUCAAAUGUCUUAAGUCCUAACCUAGCGACAAAAAAGUAAACUGAAGAAAUGUCUCCCUGGGCCUGAUGGAUACUGUCAACUAUUUUCAUUAUUUGUAAAGACAAAAUGUUUUUUUGUUACCCAUAAAUAAAGCAAUUGCCUUGAAUAUG